CCUGUCUGUUCGCAGCCGAGUGCGGGGAUGAGCCGCCGCCGCCGCCCUUCGCUCCGCGCCUGGUGACCGUGGAGCCGAUGGAGGGCGAGGCCGGGACCGGAGGCUUCGCGUCGCGCUUCGAGCUGCUGGAGGAGCUGGGCAAGGGCCGGUACGGCGUGGUGCACCGCGUCACGGAGCGCGCCACGGGCCACACGCUGGCCGCCAAGGUGAUCCGCACCAUCAAGGCCAAGGACCGGCAGCAGGUGCACGACGAGAUCGCCAUCAUGAACGUGCUGCGCCACCCCAAGCUGCUGCAGCUGGCCGCCGCCUUCGAGGGCCCCAAGGAGAUGCUCAUGGUCAUGGAGUA